AGCUACAUUUGAUUAAGAAAGCAUUGUCUGUCCUAUGCUAGUGAGUGCACUGUUCAUUUUUGGGCAUUACUUCCGGACAGACGGCUCUGAUAUCCUCCAGCUAUAUCUGAGCACCAUUUACCAGACACUGUGGAGUUUGCUCGCAUCUUAAAGGACAGAAACAGUAUUUUCAUCCAGCGCUGAUACCGUUCAGGGACGACCACCUGCGCUAUCAACCGGCAAGGCGGUGGCUGUCCAAGCUUAGGGUUCGCAAUUCGCAAGCAGCGCUACAAAGGAUCAGAACUCAUCAACCCCGCUGUGCAAUCAUGUCGACUACCGGGGAAGUCCCUGCCUUCUUCAAGAACAUGGGCUCGGGUAGCCCCAUGCCACGGCAGAAAUUCUGUGGCAUGUUCUGUCCAGUUGAAGGUUCUGGCGACAGCAAGACGUUGGAUUUCCAGUCACUGCCGGGGGGCAGUAGAAGGAGUGACGGACAGGUCAUUGACAGGCAGACGGACAUCUCCCAGCCAAGGGUCGAGAUACGGGAGAGCAGAGGAAAAUCAGCCCUGCAAAACCUGGAUGACAGGAGCGAUCGUCUCCUGAUCAAAGGGGCGAAGAUCGUGAACGAUGACCAGUCCUUCUGUGCUGACAUCUACAUGGAGGAUGGCCAGAUCAAACAAAUUGGCGAGAACUUGAUAGUGCCCGGUGGGGUGAAGAUCAUCGAUGCCCACGGGCGCAUGGUUAUGCCAGGGGGUAUCGAUGUGCACACACGCUUCCAGAUGCCCGACCGGGGCAUGACCUCAGUGGACGACUUCUACCAGGGCACUCGCGCCGCCCUGGCAGGGGGCACCACCAUGAUCAUUGACCACGUGGUCCCGGAACCCGGGGCCAGCCUGCUGUCAGCCUUUGAGCAGUGGCGUGAGUGGGCGGACAGCAAGUCCUGUUGUGACUACUCCCUGCAUGUGGACAUCACUGAGUGGCACAAGGGAGUUCAGGAGGAGAUGGAGGCCCUCGUCAAGGACCACGGUGUCAACUCUUUCCUUGUCUAUCUGGCUUAUAAGGAUGUUUUCCAGCUUACUGACUCUCAGGUCUAUGAGGUGUUCAGUGUGAUCCGGGAUCUGGGAGCCAUCGCUCAGGUCCAUGCUGAGAACGGAGACAUCGUGGCUGAGGAGCAGCGUCGUAUUCUGGAGCAGGGCAUCACUGGACCUGAGGGACACGUCUUGAGCCGUCCUGAAGAGGUGGAGGCGGAGGCUGUCAACCGCUCUGUGACAGUAGCCAAUCAGACUAAUUGUCCCCUCUACAUCACCAAGGUGAUGAGCAAGAGUGCUGCUGAUGUCAUCGCUCAGGCCAGGAAGAAGGGCACUGUUGUGUACGGGGAGCCAAUCACUGCCAGCCUGGGCACAGACGGCUCACACUAUUGGAGCAAGAACUGGGCCAAGGCCGCCGCCUUCAUCACAUCCCCGCCCCUCAGCCCAGACCCGACCACGCCCGACUAUCUCAGCUCCCUGCUCUCCUGUGGGGACCUGCAGGUGACUGGCAGUGCCCACUGCACCUUCAGCACUGCCCAGCGUGCCGUGGGCAAAGACGACUUCACCCUCAUCCCUGAGGGUACCAACGGCACCGAGGAGAGAAUGUCCCUCAUCUGGGACAAGUGUGUGGUGACAGGUAAAAUGGAUGAGAACCAGUUUGUGGCGGUCACCAGCACCAACGCUGCUAAGAUCUUCAACCUGUACCCCCGUAAGGGCCGCAUCGCUGUGGGCUCUGACGCUGACCUGGUACUCUGGGACCCAGAUGUCAUCAAGAUCAUCUCAGCCAAGAGCCACAACUCGAAUGUGGAGUAUAACAUAUUUGAGGGCGUGGAGGUGCGUGGCGCACCCCUGGUGGUGAUCAGCCAGGGUAAGAUGGUCCUGGAGGAGGGGAACCUCCACACCACUGAGGGGUGCGGCCGCUUCGUGGGCCGGAAGCCCUUCUCCGACUACGUCUACAAGAGGAUAAGGGCUCGCAGCAGGCUGGCUGAGCUGAGGGGAGUUCCCCGAGGCCUCUAUGACGGGCCUGUCUGUGAGGUGUCACUCACACCCAAAACUAUGACUCCUGCCUCUUCUGCCAAGACCUCUCCAGCCAAGCAGGCAGCAGCUGGUGCCCAGCCUGUCCGCAACCUGCACCAGUCAGGGUUCAGCCUAUCUGGUGCUCAAGUUGAUGACAACCUUCCUCGACGUAACACCCAGCGCAUCGUGGCGCCACCCGGUGGCAGGGCCAACAUCACCAACCUGGGUUAACAACUCCUAUUGGCCACCAGGGGAAAUGAGGGCUUGAGGGGAGGGGCAUCAGGGACUAGGGGCCAUUCCACCAGGAGGCAAACCCUCUAGCUACAGUGCCUGACCAAAUCUCCCCUCCUCAAUCUCUCAACCCCUCUCACGCUCCCUACAUCUUUCCCCGACUCUUUCCCCCCCAACCCCCAAAUGCCCCACCCUAGAGGAGACACAUAAAAAUGAUUUGCCUCAUUUGAAGAAAAAAAAUGAAAAAACAACACUCCUAAUAUGAGCACUUUGGACUGUAUUAUUUAGUGUUUUAUACUGUACUUUCUACCUGCCAUGUAUCAUUCAGUUUAGUUUUUUAUUUUCAUGUUAUAAUAGAGGGCUGAAGUGAGACUAGACUGAGCAGUUUUAACACGGCCAGAAGGUCAAGACGGUGCUUGUUGCAUUUGCAUAGAGGAAGUGCUUUCCGUCCCUCUUUUCUAAUUUUGGAAGUAUGGUGAAUGAAGUAUGGAGUCACAAGGGCAGCAUGUUGUACUUGUGUUUUACCUUCAGAUAAUAGACGGGUUGGUUGUUUAGUAACAAAACCGACGUGUGUGCAACUAUUAGGCAAAACAGACAGUGUUGGCUUAAACUAUUGACAACAUGUAAACUCUAUUUAGUCUCCAAAUGUUUAUUGAAAACAUAAAUACAUUUGCACAAUGAG